AAGAGAAGAAAAUACAGUGAAGAAAAAUGCAUUAUACACUGUUGGACCGACCACCAAUCUCCGCCCACUGUCCGAUUUAAGUCAAAUACUUCAGUCAAAAAGCAUUAAAAUGUCAGGCGCGGUAAGACCGACGAUGGGCGCCAGUUGGUUAAGCGGGUUUGGAGUUUCUUGGAGACCAAAUAGCGGGACCCCAUUGAGUGAACCUUACAACGAACGAAACCGAGAACUGCCCAAACCUGGCUUUUUCGAUGCUGACUGUGAUAAAAUAACUGCUUUUGAAGGCGAACAAGAUACGAAAAGGCGAACAGCAUCGACCCCAGCCUUUCUUUACGGUGACGAACUUGACAAUCACAUAUACGAGGAGAUCGACAACUUGACCUAUGACUCUGCUUGCGUAUCUAAGGAACCACCAACUUUAGAGAAUGUCCUUAGCGCCAACCAGUUCAUUGACAGUGUGUUCGCGGAUAUCACUGACGACAUGGAAUACCAACUUUUAGAUGAAGGAGACAAUAAUACGAUUAGUAAAAAUAAAAGUUUCAUUUUAAAAGUGAGAGACAACGAAGACACAAUGAGUUCACCUUCAGAGAAUAACGAAUUGAAAGUAGAGACAAAAGAAAACAUUCGUGGUGUGGAAGAAACGAAUGACGAGAAAUUAGAUAAGAUAGAAUAUUCUACACUGCCUCACAAAGAGAAUUUAAAGGAGCAGGUCAUCUCGCACAAACAAAAUAUAACCACACAACAAAAAGAGGAAGCGGCUUUUGUGACUUGGUCCGUACAUCACAAGACAUCAGAAGAGCCUAUUAAUUUAACUGAGAAAGGUGAACUGAGUGCGUUAAACGGUAUAAAAAAAAUUAAGUGUGAAAAUUCAGUUGCCGGUAAACGUGUCGACCCUGGAAGUAAAAUGGAAGUAAAUAAUGUAGAAUCUUUACACGAUGUCUAUUCGUCAGUUUGUGAGUUAACAGACAGCGUUAAGGUUUUAGACAAGGGUAUUAUUUUAAAUAAAACUGAAGAUGAAAUGUUUGCAAACAGUUCCACGACGGUUGCCAAUGACAUCUCAAACGAAUUUAAAAUCUGUCGUGUCGCUUCACAAGGAAGAGGUAUCUGCAUUGAAGAUACGUACGAUUCCGUGUGCGAAGAUAAGAACGAGCAAGAAUGUGUAACACUAACUACUCAAGAACAAAAAUCAACAGAAAAAUCCGACUCUGAUCUAUAUGACGCGGUAUGUGAAGAAACACUGCGGAUAACAGAAUCCGGAGAAGAUAAAGAGAUUGAUAAUAUCUACGAUCCUGUUUGCUCAAACCUUAAAGUGGAAGCAGAAACCGUACAAGAUACGACCAAGACAGACUACAUUAGUUCAACAGUUGUUCGCACCAUGAAGUCAGAACAAUGGAAGCAAAGUCAAGAUGUUUUAAAGAAGACGUUAAAAAAGCGAAUCUCGGAUAACGCCAUAACAUAUUCUUUGAAAGAUGAAUACGUGGAAAUGGGGAGUCAGAUCAAUUGCAAAGAAUCGACAGCAAACAUGGUUAUUGACAGUAGCACUGAACAAAGUGUGCAAGAUACGUUUAAGGCGGAACAAUCAGAACUGAUGCAAAACCAAGUUGCUGGUUCAAGUGGUAAGACACAAGGAGAGGUGAAAAAAUGGACUGGCUUUUCCAGUAUCUGGUCAAAGCUUGGAUUUUCGGGUACUGGUGGUAAAAGAGAGAGAAAGGGCUCUGAAAAAACUGUUUCGAAAACAAAAUCCCCCCUUCCGAGUCCCAAUAACACUUUUUUUGGAAAAUUAGGUGGAAAAAGUACAAAGCCAAAAUCAAAGCCAGUUUCCGAAAAAAACAAAGAUAAAAUAAAAAACCUGCAAAUUUCUUCGCUUAGUAAUCGAAUGUCGGAAGACUCGACCCAAUCCAUUGUUUCGUUUGAAGAAUCUCUAACGGAUACUAUUUCACUAACUCCGGAAAUUAUUAUUUUUGACGACCAGGCAAUUGGAGUAAGUAGACUUGAAAAAAAAGAAGAAGAAUUAAAAGGUAAAUCUGCUAAAGUUACAGCCGAUGACAUCACAGCAUUCAACAACAGCAAUUUUGGUAACUCGGACGUUGUUGAAACCAUGCAAACUCCAAAACGAGAUACCGGUUUUCUUCAAGAGCUGGGAAAAUUGUUUGAUCAAAAGUACGAAUUAUCAGAUAUUGAGAAUGGUCUUACUGUUGAAAGCCAACUACAAGUAAAAAAUGAAAUUGUGAUUUACGAUGUCCCGAACUCAGCUAUGACCGAGGAUUUAACGGAAGCAGUUGAGCCAUACUACAAGGUGCCUUGUUCUACUCCUGUAAAAUUAAAUAAUGGCGAAAAUUACGCAUUUCCUAUAGCUGAUAUGAACACUUUGAGUGAAGCUGUGUACGACGAACCACCAGUCGAACAAGGCGAGGUCGGGUCACCAAUGAUAGAUCUUGGACCACUACUUGAUAAUAAUCAACCCGCAGAUUACAACAACCAACAACCGACUUCAGUCGGACAUGAUUUUUUGGCUACGACCAAAAACAUAGAAACAUGCAGAUUUAAAGCCUGUAAUGCAACCAUAUCUGAUGAAGACGUAUUUGCAACAGCUGGUAAGGAGUUGUACAGUGAACCACCAAAAGAAGUUUUUCCGGAGGUAAAACAGUUAGUUUCUGCAAACAAAAGUACAGCCAACACAAAAGAAGGUGUAAUGACCAAUACACCACAACCAAUAACGUUAAGCCAUAAGGACAAAAGCAUAUUUAGAAAUAAAGUUUUCGAAAACUGCGCCCUGAAAUCGCAAAGCACAAAAACCCAGAUGAUAAAAGUUUUGACUUCGUCAGCAAAAUAUCCACAACAGCAACCAGAGGUUGUAUACGAUGACCCAGCAAUGUUGGAAAGUGACGAUUAUACAUCAGUUCCAAACGAACAAUUCGAAGACUAUUGUGAAAUAAUUAACGAGCCACAGGACGAUGAUGACUAUAUUGAUAUACACCAAUUACCAAGCAGCAACAUUCCUCAUUUACAACUUGAAAAUAGGUCAACGUCUGCUUUGGAAGAUUACGACAAGCUUAAGAGGUCGCCAUUGCAUUCGAACCUUAUAGAAGAAGAUUGCGCCAACUUUGAAAAAGUCCACGAAAUCAAACAUGGCCAAUGCGCAGUUUCUACGCCGUACAUUACAGUUAACAAAACACCAUCGUCAUUUAAUUACGUGCAAAAUGGUGAUAUAUACGUAUCCGACUGUCAUGGUGACGGGAUUGAUAUUUAUUCUAGCGAGGGCAAACACAAGAACUCUCUUUUUAUCCCUGGUUGCCCGCGAGGUCUGACGUCAUACACCUCACGUCACGUGUUAUGUGCGUCAAGCGCAAGUGGCGAAAUAUUGGUAGUGGACAUGACAAAUGGCAGAGUGUUGCGGCGAAUCGGUGGCAAGUCCGAACUUCGCAAUCCACGUUGCGUCACUAUGCAUCCUGAUAAUCAGGCGUUUAUGACUUCAGACAUAAAGUCUAUAAGAAAUUGGGCGCUCAAGCUGUUCGACAUCAGAACAGGCGAAGUUGCGAGUUCCAUUGAAUGCACGGGAAAAAGCAAAAUCAAAAUCGGUUGGCCGGAGUUUUUGACAUACAGGAACAACAGCAGCCAUGCUUUCUACGUAAGUGAUUCAGAAAGUCAUGCUGUUUACAUGUUUGACGCAAGAAUCAGCAAAGAACCAGUGUUUCAGAUCGGCCAAGAGGGAGUACAAGACGGUCAGUUUUUAAGCCCAUGCGGAUUGGCAUUUUUUCCUGGGGGCAAACUUACAAUCGCUUCCUCACCUGGCGGGUCGAUUGUGGUAGCGGAUUGGGGAAAUCACAGACUUUCAGCGUUUGAUGCUGAUACUGGUCAUUUUCAAUAUCAGUUGAUAAAAAAUCCAACAGCAGGCGAUUUUAGCAAUUUAAGAAAUCCCUAUGAUAUGUCAGUGGAUGCCGAGGGUACGUUGUACGUCACAGAGAGCAAGACAAAUGACAUUAAAAUCUUCAAGAGUGUUUGAUUAUACUAGAAACCUUGAGCCCAUUUCUUUAGAACCCAAAACAAUUAUAGCAGAACAAACAUACAUGAUAUGCCUAUAUAAAAAUGAAAUUAUACACAAUUCUCAUUCUACAAACCGUUAAUAACCCUCUAUUACACUAACAAGAGAGCUACAUUUUAAAUACUUAUAUCUAAGCAAUGCUGGUAUGUUUUCGUAUUAAAAUAUUUUGUAUAUUUUUGCCCUCUCCCAGAAAUUGUAAAUAAAACCUAAUAUAUACUGGUUAAAUGGUCAAGAGCGCAUACAAGCUUACAUUCAGUCAACGACUAGGCUAAAAUUUAUUCAAAGGUACCACCAAAGUUCCAAGUAACUAAACAGCUCUGAAUUUGUGGUUUAGAUCUGCAUUUUUUAAGAAGUUGUUUCGUUUUACUAAAGUUUUGGUUGUUGUUUCAAUUACAUUUGUGCAUUUCUAAUAUUACAAA